UAUUGCUGCUUAUAGGUCAGGAUUGAAUAUAGAUUGUGAUCAAAGUGCUGAAGCUGCAGCGGCCGUUUUGAGGAAAUUUGUUUCCGAUUUUGCAUUAUUACCCGAUACGAAGGGACCUGUUAGGCUUGUGAAUAAAAUUCUAAUUGAUUACAUAUUAAACUUGGCAAUUGAUAUUGCUAUACAUCUUAAUAUAGGAUUUGGUGAUUCUGAUAUUGAUCUAAUUACGUCUAAUCCGCUUUUGCUAAGACCUUUAAUUGAAAAAUAUCCAAACGCAAAGUUCGUUCUUUUGCAUACAUCGUAUCCUUAUUCCCGACAGGCGGGAUAUCUUGCUUCAGUAUAUUCCAAUGUAUAUGUUGAUAUUGGUCUUGUUUUUCCUUUGAUUUCCGCGUCCGGUCAGCAGGCUAUUUUACGUGAGCUGUUGGAAAUUUGUCCAAGUAGCAAACUUUUAUUUAGCACAG